UGGAGGACUGUAUGAAAACUGAAGAAGAAUCUUAGCAUUAGAAUUAGCAUUAGCAUUAAAUUAUGUAAAUACUUUCCUAAAAUCCAUUUCCAAAUCUUCUCUUUCUCUUUCUUUUUUUUUUUUAUGCCUUCCACAUCUCCUCUUAAGCCAGCCAAGCAAGCUUAUCUUUUUCUUGUCUUCCCCGUCUGCAUUUCUCUUUUUCUUGUUUUCUUUCUGCUUUUCUCUCCACAAUUUUCCAUAAAAACUAUAUAUAUUUUUUAUGUAUUUACUUGUAUUUCUGUAUCAGACACUGUUCUGAGGCAUUCUUAAUUCAAUCUGGAGCUCUGGAUCCAAUACCCAUCAUCCAUUUUCUUUGACAAGGGCGUGUAGCCUAUGUUUGGAGCUCUGUUGGGUGUUUAAUUGAAAUGCAAAGGUUGUCCUUUUGGUAGCCCAACUGGGAAAACUUCUCACUCGCAUUGCUCAGUUGGAUCCUGCUCUGGGGAAGGGAAAGGAAGUAGUUAUGUAUAACUGAAGAUUGUAGGGUUUUAAUGGUGGAUUCAUGUGAGUCAUUGUGGCGUAUCAGUCGAGAUUUUUGUGGUUGUGCAGUGGAAUCAGGCUAUUCUAUUUGGGGUUUUACAAGGUUCAUUUUGGUGGCAAGUUGGAGGGUUGAAUGCAUCCAUGGGGCUUCGUCGAAGUCUCGCGAUGCUUGUUUUGAUGAUAUGGUUCUCGUUCUUGAUGGAUGUAAUGGCUCAGUCUAGCACAGGCAGUUCUGCUCGUGCUCUUGAUGCCCUUCUCCAAGACUAUGCUUAUAGGGCUUUUUUUCGUCCGAAAACAGGCAUUACCUAUGAUGGGUUUGUUCCUUCUAAUUUGACUGGGAUUCAGAUUGCAGCAAUGAGACUCAGGAGUGGCAGUUUAAGAAAUAGAGGUGUGCCGACGUACAAACAAUUUCAUAUCCCCAUAGGGGUUAUUGAGAAACCUUAUGUGGAGAGGCUUGUUUUGGUUUACCAGAACUUGGGCAAUUUGUCUCAUACGUAUUAUCCAUUAACAGGUUAUACUUAUUUGGCUCCAGUAUUGGGACUUCUUGCUUAUGACGCAUUUAACUUGUCGGGUACAAAUUUACCGGAAUUGGAUAUUAAUGCAUCUGUUGAUCCCAUAUCAAUCAGGUUCCAAGACAUAAUGUCAGAAGCACCAGAGGGAUCUGUUCCAAAGUGUGUUUGGUUUGAUUUGCAUGGUUUGACAAACUUCAGCAAUGUGGUCUCAGGCAAUACAUGUUUAACCACCGAGCAGGGGCAUUUUUCUAUAGUUGUUGAGUCUAUUGCCCCCAGCCCAUCUCCAGUUUCUCCUGUGCCACCACCUGGUGGAGAAAAAAAGAGUAAUUUAAAAGUCUGGAUAGUUGUUGGGUCUGUUCUUGGCGGAUUAGUGUUGUUGGGGCUGUUGGUAUUUCUGAUAAUAUGGGCACAGAAGUACAAGCAUAGGAAGAAAAUGCAUCGGAUGGAAAAGGCUGCAGAUGUGGGUGAAGCCCUGCAGAUGACACCAGUUGGGAGUACAAAAGCACCAGCAGCAAGGGUGACUCGAACUCAACCAACCCUCGAAAAUGAAUACAUUCCCUAAUUCCCACCAGCCGGUACAUUCCCACAAGCAUUCUCAUUCAAGUUCAUUCGUGCAUUCAGAAAAUUUCCUCUAAUCACACCGUUUUUUGGUGGUGUUGUUCAUUGUCUUGCCUUGUUCGGUCUCAGUAGGCUCUGAAUUGUGUAAAUCUGUUAUCACUCACACGCCCUUCCAUAGUUUUACGAUUCAUUGUGUGUGCAUGUCUAGCCAAAGUGAUUCCAUCUGUUAUGAAUUUAGUUGUCCCAUUGACAAAGAAUAAGACAUUUUGUGGUCUUUUUUUCACAGAGCCAAAAUUUUUUUACCAGUAUUACCCUGUGAAGUUACUUUCCUGUAAAAAUGGUUUUUCCAUUAUCUAACUGUAUCUCUGUGAUCAUAAAUUGGAAGUCAUAAGUGCCCGAACUGAACUUUCUUCUUC